UACCUACACAUAAUUACUAACAACAAACGUCAAGCAAUUGUAAAACAUAAUCAAUAACACAUGUAAUCAUGAUGCAACAGCACUAGGUACUGUCUAGGUGGUAGUGGUAGCUCUAUGAACAUCGUCCUGAAACUGAAGCGGCGCGUGCGCACCAGUAGCGCCCACGCCGACGCGCGCCGCGGACAUCGACAUGGAAACUCGGUCGUUAGCCCUCCUCACGCUAUGCGUCGUCUACGCAGAGCCUCUUUCGGGGGCCAACGACGCCCCUGAGCCUCUCAGGCCCCUCCAGCAAGUCCUCAAAACUCGCAGCGACGCCUUCGACCCGUACGCUAACGAGUACACCCAGGAUUACGAGCCCGUGGCCUUCGCUGCCGUCCCCCUCGGUAGCCCAGUGCCAAUCAUAGCCGUGCUCUCAGAAAACCCACUGGAACAGGCCAAGCAGCUCCAGAAAGCGGUGGCAACGUCUCUCAAGCAAGCAUACGCGAAACCAGACUACCAGCAAAACUUAAUUCCAAGUGAUCCAACCGAGUAUCCAAGCCAUUACACGAAGUCUUACGAGGAAUACCAAAAACCUUACGAACACCUAAAAUCGAAGCCGUACAUGCCCCCGGAAUACCCGAAGUAUUAUUCGUCUAUAGAAUUUGCUAAGCAGUAUCCUACUAUGGAAUACGCUAAGCCCUAUCCUCCUGUGGAAUACAUUAAACCGGCCCCUCCUGUGGAAUACACUAAGCCAUACCCUGUGGAAUAUGUCAAGCCAUACCCUGUGGAAUACCCUAAGCCGUAUACUGUAGAAUACCCAUAUCGUUCUGCAGAAUACACGAAGCCGUACCAAGAAGAGUACGUACGCGAUAGGCCGUACCGAGAAGAGUAUGUACGCGAGAGGCCGACCGCAACAGAAGAAAAACCUACAAUACUUUACGCGAGACCGAAUGGAAAUGGAGGAUACACGUAUUCUAGAAAGCCUCUAAAGAAAAGGAAUGUGAAGAGACCUCAGAAACAAAAGCCAGUGAUUAUAAGGGUUCAUAAGUACAGGGUGGUGAGAAGUCGCAGAUCAGAGCCUGAUAUCAACUUAUAGAGUGUUUUGUGAUUAAGUGUUUUGCCUGCUUUUAAAGUGUUGCAUAAUGUGGUGGCUUAUGUGAUGAGACGACACUGUGUUAUAAUCCACAAUGAGAUAAAAUGUGAAGUUGUAAAUUAACAUUCGAGUGGCGUUAAGUUGCUUUUAUUUUUUUAUCAGUAAACUAUGGUCUGAGGACAGACACGAUUCAUGAUAGCCGAAUAUUAAUCAGUUCAAUUUUUGGAUGAAACUUAUUAGAGUCGUAUUAAUAUUUAUAGAAUUUUCGACACAUUGUACUUACUGAUAACUUUUAGCAAUUUGAUCUUUUCAGUUAGUUAAGAUUGCAUAAUUAAUUGUUGUUAUCCGUUAUUUAUUAAGCAAAAAAGUUUUAACAUAAGAUACCGAGGCAAAAAUAUAAAAUGUAGGUAGAAAACAAAAACAAAGCUUAAGACAACUUUUAAAAACAUUCAAAAAGUUUUUCUAGUUUUAACAAUUAAUUUAAGACUUAAAUAUUUUUUGUAUGCAUUUAUAACAAUAUGCCUAGUCUUAGAUUAAAAAAUCUACUUUCUAAUUACUUCGCCAAAGUAUUUUUCAAGUAAAACGACUGAUAACUUUAAGUAGACUAAAUAAUCUUUUUUAACUUGUAUAAUUAAUGGACCUAAAUUAUUAGCUUCGUAGUAAUCUUGUUAUAAUCAAACGCAGUUUUUAUUGCCGUUGAGUAUAGUAUUAUAGAAAGUGAUGUUAAUGAAUGUUUAUUAUAAAUGAAUACUCAAAAACUACUGCAUUUCGUUUUAUAAAAUACGUUUUAAAAUA